AUGGCGCUGAUCGCGUUAUCGAUCCAAGCGAUCGUGAUCUAUCGGCAACGUCACAAACGUUCGCGAGUGAAUGCGACAAUACCGAAACGCGGUAUUGUCUUCGAGGAUUUCGACUACAAAGAUUGGGAUGCGUCGUUGGUGAACGCGUGCAAAUUCGCAUUUAAUUACACAUUCUAUCGAUUCGGUUUGGAGAUAUCGAUGAUAAUGAUGGCCGUGGUGGCUUGGGUUCGUAUGGACCUGAUCGGUACGUUGACGUUGAUCUGGCUGAUCGUGUUCGUGUGCAUCAGUCGUAACGCGAGCCGACGCAUCUGGCCACUGUUCCUGAUCUACUUGGCCGUGCUGCUACCGUUGCAGUACCAGUUUUGUAGUAAACAAGUUGCAGAGUACCCGUGGAGUCACUGGUUAUCGAAUAGUAUUCAGAAUGAGAAUUUCGUGUUGUGGUUAGAUUUGGCCAGUUACCGUAUACAUCCGAACCCGUACAAUACGAUCGCCGAUUUCUUUUUAUUGCUGAUUGUGUCGUGUCAGCAAUACGCGUUUUACGCGGAAUAUCAUAACUUUUAUUCAAUUGGUGAUAACGAAUCAGUUUAUAAAACGAAAGAUUAUAAUAUUGCUGCGAACAAUCCGCAUUAUGAUUUUAUUACACAUCAGAGGAGUUUUGUGGAUGUGUUGAAAUUGGCCAUCUUCAACUAUGGCCACUGGGCAACAUUAGUGAUGGUAUUAAUAGCGGGCUUGGGAGGGGUAUCGUUGUUCGCGUUGGGUUAUAUUGUGCUGGCGUUCUGGUUGUUGUGGCAGGGCAACGCGUUGUACAUCAGAAAGAGAUACGAGGUGACACUGAGACGAUGGAAGAUACUGCUCAUCUAUAUCGUGCUCACGAUGUUCUGCAAGGUGAUAUUACAGGUGGUUGGAUGCGCAUUCAUACAUCUAUUGAAAGAGUAUCAUUUAUGUUAUAUACGGCAGUUGUUUAGUAUCGUUUGCGUGAAUAAGGCAUUGGAUGGUACUGAGAACUACUAUUUUGAUGGACGUUGGUUUUUGAUUAUUUAUUUUUUAUUAUGA